AUGCCGCACAACGAUUCACUCCUCGUUGACGUCGGAAUUAGUGACUGUACGGUCACCAAAGUCCUCGUAGACACUGGCAGUUCAGUCGAUCUCAUCUUUAAAAGAACACUCGUCAAGAUGGGGGUAAGCCUCGACGAUAUGAAACCGUCCGCGCGAUCGCUAACAGGUUUUAACGGGUCAACCGAAACCAUGCUCGGAACGAUAUGCUUGCGAGUGUACGCCGAAGGCAUCGCCAAAAACGUCAAGUUCUCCGUCAUCGACGUUCACGCUCCAUAUAACGCAAUCCUAGGUACACCAUGGAUCCAUGCGAUGAAGGCUAUCCCUUCGACCUAUCACCAAUAUAUCAAAUUUCCUGUCGCCAAACCAAUCCAGAAGAUAUACCCUUUCAAGGAAGAGAUUCUCGAGGUAACCAUCGACGACAGUGACCAAGCCAAGAUCGUCCGAGUCGGCGCCCACCUUCCCGACGACACGAAAGACAAGAUCAUUUUGUUUCUCAGGGAUAACAUCUCUACUUUCGCUUGGUCUACCUCCGACAUGAAAGGGAUCGACCCGGGCGUCACUACACACGAGCUCAACGUCGACCCAACAUUCAAACCAAUUCGUCAAAAAAGGUGCAAGCUCGGCCCCAAACGAUCAAAGGCCGUCAAUGAAGAGGUCGACCGACUGCUGAACGCAGGCUCCAUCACGGAAGUGAAGUAUCCCGAAUGA